GCGGACCCAGUCCAAGAUGGCGGCGCCCAGCGGCGGGAGGAGCUGUGGCGGCGCGAGCAUGUGGGCCGCGCUGCUCCUGGCGGCCGUGGCGCUGGGGCCGGCUGAGGCGGCGUCCGAGCCCACGACGGUGGCCUUUGACGUGGCGCCCAGCGGCGGGAGGAGCUGUGGCGGCGCGAGCAUGUGGGCCGCGCUGCUCCUGGCGGCCGUGGCGCUGGGGCCGGCUGAGGCGGCGUCCGAGCCCACGACGGUGGCCUUUGACGUGGCGCCCAGCGGCGGGAGGAGCUGUGGCGGCGCGAGCAUGUGGGCCGCGCUGCUCCUGGCGGCCGUGGCGCUGGGGCCGGCUGAGGCGGCGUCCGAGCCCACGACGGUGGCCUUUGACGUGCGGCCCGGCGGCGUCGUGCACUCCUUCUCCCAGGACGUGGGCCCGGGGGGCAAGUACACUUGUGUGUUCACCUACGCUUCUCAAGGAGGGACCAAUGAGAGGUGGCAGAUGAGUCUGGGGACCAGCGAAGACAACCAGCACUUCACCUGCACCAUCUGGAGGCCCCAGGGCAAGUCCUAUCUCUACUUCACACAGUUCCGGGCAGAGGUGCGGGGCGCCGAGAUCGAGUAUGGCAUGGCCUACUCGCAAGCCGCGUUUGAAAGGGAGAGCGACGUUCCCCUGAAAAGUGAGGAAUUCGAAGUGACCAAAACGGCAGUGUCCCACAGGCCCGGGGCCUUCAAGGCCGAGCUGUCCAAGCUGGUGAUUGUGGCCAGGGCGUCCCGCAGCGAGCUGUGACCAGCGGCCCCGGCGAGGGCGACGGUUCCUAGUCUCUGCUGACAGAGCCGGGCCGCGGGGGCUGGCGCCUCACUGGUUUUCUAGGGGGACUGUUGGUUUUCUGCCC